GCAGCAACUCUGACUUGUGACUGAACCGAAGCACACGUCCGGGUUUGGACACGGUAACAGCGGGGACAGAUUGGAUAGUGAGGACAGACCCACGGCUGAGUGUCUUCCUGUCGUGUGUGAGUGUAGGAUGGACGGUGGGGAUGAUGUGGUCCUCCGGUCCCGAUGCCGAACCGUUCCGAAGAUGCCGACCUUCCCCGACCUGGACUCCUCUGUGGUGGACGGAGAGAACGGUCAGCAAGGCAACGGGGACAGUCGCAUGAAGAGCAACGGAAAAAUAGAGGUGGAGCAUGUGAUCAGCAAAAAGCUCCAGCUGAAAAGAAAAGCCGAGUUCUUGAAGAGUGACCUAAUGCGUCAGUUUGACGGCCACAUCAGUGACUUCAUGGACAGUCUUAUUGAGGAGUCGGCCAGCCUCGAACCCGCCCCUGUCCCUGCUGGCUUCUCCCCCCCGCUUUCAGACAAGGAGAGAAAUAAACUCAGGCUUUUCCGGCCUCCUCAUGGCCAGGGCAAACAGUUUGUCAGUCGCAGGUCACUCUUAGAUGAACUGUUUGAGGUGAACCACAUCAGGACAAUCUACCACAUGUUUAUCGCCCUGCUUAUUCUCUUUAUCCUCAGCACAUUAGUAGUAGAUUUUCUUGAUGAAGGCAGACUGGUGCUGGACUUUGACCUGUUGGUCUAUGCAUUUGGACAGCUUCCUCUUGUGGUGUGCACUUGGAUUUGCAUGUUCUUGUCAGCCUUGCUGGUCCCAUACAGCCUGUUCCAUCUUUGGUCACAGAGUCAGUGUGGCUCCUAUCCCAGGCUGUACAGUCUGCUGUUUGGCUCUGUGUUUCUGUUCUACCAGGCUGUGGGUCUGGGUUUCUUUCCUACAUAUGUGGUGGUGAUCAACAGUUUACCACCUGCGUCCCGUUUCAUCAUCAUCCUGGAGCAGGUGCGUCUAAUGAUGAAAACCCACUCCUUUGUCAGAGAAAAUGUGCCAAGAAUCCUAGCUUGGACUAAAGACAAAACCAGCCCCGGCCCAGUGGCCCCUCAGGUGUCUCAGUAUCUUUACUUCCUGUUUGUACCCACACUUAUCUACCGGGACAAGUAUCCAAGAAAUCCAGUGAUAAGGUGGAGUUAUGUUGCCACAAAGUUACUUCAGGUACUUGGCUGUCUGUUUUAUGCCUAUUAUGUGUUUGUGCGGCUGUGCAUCCCUCAGUUCCGCAGCAUCAGUCUGCAGCUGUUUGACCUGAAGGCCAUGGUCCUCUGUGUCUUUAACUCCAUUCUUCCAGGAGUUUUAGUUCUCUUUCUGGGCUUCUUCGCCUUCCUCCACUGCUGGCUGAAUGCGUUUGCAGAGAUGCUUCGCUUUGCUGACAGGAUGUUUUAUAAGGAUUGGUGGAAUUCAACCUCUUUUGCCAAUUACUAUCGCACAUGGAAUGUGGUGGUCCAUGACUGGCUCUACUACUAUGUGUACCGGGACUUCCUGUGGAUGUCUCAGAAGCGUUUUCGUCCGGCAGCCAUGCUGUUUGUGUUCACGGUGUCUGCUGUCGUUCAUGAGUACAUUCUUGCAGUCUGCUUCGGCUUCUUCUAUCCUGUACUUUUCUGCCUCUUCAUGUGCUUUGGAAUGAUGUUCAAUUUCAUUCUGCACGACCAAAGAAAAGGUCCAAUCUGGAACAUUAUCAUGUGGACAUCCCUCUUCCUGGGUCAGGGAGUCAUCAUCUGUUUGUACUCUCAGGAGUGGUAUGCACAGCGCUACUGCCCCCUCAAGGAGAAUUCCUUCUUAGAGCUGCUGAAGCCUCGCUCGUGGAGCUGUGAAAGAGGCUUGAUGGCAGAUUGACAGACUGUGACCUCCAGUAUGUUCUGACUACUGACAAGGACCAGCACUGGAUAGAGUAAUUUCAACCAGCCUUUCUGUUUCUGUCACAAAUUUUCGCCUUUCAUGUUUGUUUUAUUUGAUUGCUCCAAGGUCAUGACUGAGUCUGUGUAUGGAUGUAUGGAAGACGAUCCAGUACUUGUGUGCCAAAAUGUCCCUUACUAUAACAGCAAAGCCACAGCGAUGCCUUAAUUAUUUUAUGUUGCAAAAAAUGUAUAAGUGCACAUGAAACCACAUGUGCACACUUUUAUAUCAUGUGUUAUUUAUCUUUCAGAUGUUUUCCCUUUGCUUUAGCCAUAUUCAACUGUGGAACCUUUACUUGUGCCAACAUGUGGCAAAGAUGAUAUGGCAGCUAAAUACACACACACAAUACAUACAUCCGAGUUGUAUUCUUAUAUACAGUAAUAUAGAGCACUUACUGUGUUUGUUAAAUACUAUCAAAUAUGAAGAACACUCAUAUGAUGUUAAAGAGAUUUUCAGUGUUAUUUAUUUCCACUGCCAAUAAGAUUGAUUUUGGAAAAUGGAAACUGGUUGAUGUUCUGUUGACCUUUAGGAGCUCUGUAAAGUGGCUGCCGUUUUGUAACAUCAAAACAACAGCAGCAUUUUUUCUAAAGCACAGAAUGGAAGGUGGUGUUUAUACCACCCUAAAGCUUAAACAGCAGUUUGAUGAACUUCCAUAAAAGAAAUUGUUGAAAAUGGCAAACAAUAAUCCUUUAUGGAAUUAAUGAUCUGUGACUUCUGAAUGUACUAAUGUUCACUCUAGUUUGCACGUUCAUAAUGUUUUUUGUGAGCCUGAAUAUUUUUAUUUUGUUCAUGUCCAGUGUGAAGAGUUGUGGCUGGUGAUUUUCAGCUGCAAAAUGAAAUCAGUGCAGUGAAAAGGUUGUAGCUGCACCCAGAUUGUUGGCGCAUUGACAUGAUUCAGUGAUAAUUGACUAACUCAAAGGGGUACAGUUAGCUUUGUCAGACACCAGGUACAAUAUUAAUAGUAUUAUGAUUAUUAUUAUUUUUAAUUAUACAGUUUUACAUUUAUUUGAACAGUCAGCUAUCUAAUGGAAUAAGGAACUUUAUAUAAUUGAUGUUUUAGUUCCUGUGGUCUUGAAAUGAGUUCUGCCUUUGUAUUAUUUUGAAGAACUGGCCAAGUCUUUCAUUGCACAGAUAAAUUCACCUGUUAUGACAGAUUUCAGUGCAGGGAGAUUAUGAUUAUGCUUGUAAAUAAUGAGAUGCACAUACAAACUAAAAACCAGCAAUUAAAAACGCAACACAAAAAACCGUGUGGCCACAAGGUGGCGCUGUAUUAACAUAGUUUGAUUUAGGGUUUGUUUUUUUUUGUUUUUUUUGCCGUAACAGGAACGGCUGACAGACUUUUCUGUCAGAAUGAAUAUUGGAAAGAUAUUUUUAAUAUUUACAGAUACAAGUGGAAAAUGUAAGAUGUUUAGAUUUGAUUUAAAAAUUCUGCCUUUGGUUUAAGUUUUAAUAUUUGCUUAAUGCCUUUGGAAUUUUGUUUCUAUGGAUAGUAUUUAUGGUAGUGAGAAGAAUCAAGCUGCGGAAAAGCUCUUUAGUGAAGAUAUUUAUUUUCGGAAUUGGAAAUGGCAGUUUAAUCUGCUUGUUAUCUUAUUUGUGUUUACUGUGCUUAUUGUUUUUGUUCUGCCCUUUAAUAGCUUAUUGUUUCAGUAGUAAACUCAAUGAAUCUGUAUAUUUUUGGACAUGUUUCUAAUACAUUCCAUAAAGGCGCAACAAAGUAUAUGAACUACUGAGAAUAAAUGGUUUUGUCAA